UCCGAUUGCGCGUCCACGAAACAACGCCGUUACUAGCAGGCCAUGGAAAUGCGGAAGGCGCGGAGCAGAACGCAGCUGGCCAGGGGGCCAGCUGCUGGGGUUUCUUCAGACAGCCUCAUGUGCGUUGAGCUAAUGCUCCCGAUUCAAACCCAUUCAUCGCGUUCUGAUCUCUUUCUAGGUCUUUUGGUUGUUUCCGUUUCUGCUUCUCUACAUGCUAGGGUUUGCUGGUGUUGUCGUCCCCAAGAUCAAUCUGAUUCUCUCUCUCGUUUGCAGGGACUAUCUUUCCAAGAAGGCUUCACAGGAUCCUAACUUUACGUAUCUGCCGGUUAUCAUUGGGGAAGACAACCCCCAGUGCCAGGUGCCUGAGGUGCAAUCUCUCGUGGCUCAAUUCCAACUCUACCUCAAUUUGAUUGCAGGAAUCCUAUCCGCAUUGGUCAGUCCGCGGCUCGGUCAUGUGUCAGACCGUUAUGGCAGGACAAAGUUGAUCGCUUUGAGCUCGCUGGGAGCUGUGCUUGGUGAAACACUCACAGUCCUUGUAGCAGCCAGGCCAGAGCAAUUUUCCAUCAACCUGCUCCUAGCAGGAGCUCUACUGGACGGCAUUGGAGGCUCGUUUACCACGAUUUUGGCCCUUGCUACCUCUUAUGCUUCUGAUUGUACUGCCCCAGAAAAACGUAGCGUCGCGUUUGGAUAUCUCCACGGCGCUCUCUUCGUUGGAUUGGCGUGUGGGCCACUCAUUGCAGCGAUCGUCCUGAAGAAGACCGGGGAGAUAAUACACAUUUUCGCUGCUGGCUUGGCUUUCCAUGCGCUAUUCUUCUUCAUGGUUCUGCUCGUCAUUCCAGAAUCGCUGCCAAAGGAGCAACAGCAAGCUGCGAGAGAGAAACACCGGAUGAGGUUCACUCAAAAGGAAACUGCUGGCUUGGUUUCUCCUUCUUGGUUACAGCAUCUGAACCCAAAGAACCUCAUCACACCACUCUCCAUUUUGUUUCCGCCUGUUGGACGCCCCAGCUCUCUUUUUCCGAACCGCAAGGGCGCAAGCCCUGCCCUGCGAAGAAACAUCAUACUUCUCGCUGCCAUUGAUACAGUCGUAUUUGCUGUCGCCUUAGGGACCGCCCAGCUUGUGAUCAUUUAUGCUGAAUUCAUGUUUGGAUGGGGAAAUGUCGAAUCCAGCAUCUUCAUCUCGAUCGUCAGCACUGCGCGCGUGCUCGUUCUUUUCUUGGUGCAUCCUAUCGUCACACGCAUCUUCCACAAGCGUACCGCCGAACAGCGCGCUAUCCCCGGCUCCAAUAGGGUGGAGCUUGUGGUUAUACAGAUAUCUAUCUUUUUCGAUUUUCUUGGCUAUGUGGGAUAUACGCUUGUACGAAGCAGUGCGCUUAUGACUCUUUCAGGCAUUGUCGCCGCUCUAGGAAGCCUAGCUACGCCUACGCUGCAAUCGUCCUUGACCAAACACGUGCCCCGUGAUCGAGUCGGGCAAAUACUCGGAGCUAAAGGGCUCUUGCAUGCUCUGGCUCGAGUGAUUGCGCCUACUUUAUGCAAUCUCGUCUACAGCCUGACAGUGGGCAAAUUUACUCAAACAGUCUUCGUUUCUCUGGCAGCUGUGUUUUUCUUGGCGAUCUGCAGUAGUUUCUAUAUAACACCAAAUGGUUCGGCACUAUUCCCUUUCACCUAGCAGAUACGAAAUGCUAACGCUAUGCAGUAUCCAUUGACGAGUCUCGGCCAAGCAGUCCUCUACAUGAGGCGAACGAAGACGGGGAAUUGGAUGAGGACACUCUCUUACGGUCUUAGAAUUAUAUAUAAGGCGAUAUUAGUGAUAGACCUUCUGCUAUAAUGUGUACGUUUUUGGUUCGGCGUUCGGAGUACCUCCAUUAGCAAUUGUUCCUGAAUACUGAAAUCAUAUCAUAGUAAGUCCGCGA